UGGGCAUUCACUCAUUCACAGAUGCAUCCAUACACACACGAGUCAUGCUGUCGACACCCAGCGAAUGGAACACACAUGAGCGCUGCACUCAUGUAUUUUGCACACACACUAAGUGGGUGUAGGUGGACAGGCAGUCGACACACCAUCGCCCCACACGCACGAAAAAGCAACAGCCAAGAGAGCAAUCCGACAGCCGAGCGGACAAGAAGACGUGCAGAUGAAUUGUCAGCCGGCCAUCCAUCCAUCCAUCAAUCUGUUUUGUGCACCACAUGCACUUAUCCACUCCAGAAAAGAAGCCAUAGCUAGGCUCGGCCCGACCGACCCAUCUCCCCCUUACUAUCGGACCACCCCUCCCUCCUUCCAUCAGAGCAGCUGUACACAAGCAGGAGGCCUCACUCAGUCCUCACAGCGAGGGGGCAUGAUAUCCGCUACAGCUAGGCCCUCCCUCUCUCCGUCACCCCUGUGUGUGUGGUCGUGUGUGAUCAGGGGAAUGUUUUCUUGGUCAUGAUGGUGUAGAAGUCCUCGAAGGAGAUCUCUCCGUCUCCGUUGCUGUCGGCGCGUUCGAUCAUCUCCCGCAGCUCCUCCUCGGUCAUGGUCUCGCCCAGCUCCUUGGCCACCCUCUUGAGGUUCUUGAUCGUGAUGGUCCCCGUCUUGUCCUCGUCAAACAGCGCAAAUAUCUUCUGAAUCCCAUCACGAGACUCCUUAUCACCCUGCAUGCACGCACCCACCCACACACCACAGGCAUCCUUGUCUCAUGUGCCGUCCCACACGUACGCGCCUCACUCGGUGUGUGCAUGAUUAUUGUGUGCGGGCGUACGAGUUUUGCGCAGAUGGCGUCCAGGAACUCAUCGAAGUCGAUGGCGCCGCUGCCGUCCCUGUCGAGGUCUGCUAUCAUCUGGAAGAUGGUGGGGUUCUUGGUCUCGAAGCCCAGCGACUGCAUCGCCGCCUUGAGCUCCUUCGGGUCUAUCGUGCCGCUGCCGUCCGUGUCAAACAGGUUGAAGGCCUCACGAAUCUCGUCUAUCUCGUCCUCCGUCAGGCCGGGACGCUCGUACGCCAACCGCUUGUUGCGCGUCAGGCGGCUCAUCGCGACAAAUCAACCAACCAACCAGCAAGGGGUCAAGGGCCAACCACUACACUUCUCGCGCCGCUCUGAAAUGCGAUGAGAGGCG